GAACGAAGUCAGUGACGCCGACAUGCAAUUCAAAGUCAUUUCUUCUGAAACGUGUUGAAUUGUUUCAGAAAUAUUGUUAUUUUAAAUAUUUUCACGUUAGAAAAAUUUAAACACCAUGCGACCAAUUGCCUUACAUGGUCACGAGCGAUCAAUUACACAUAUCACCUACAAUAGAGAUGGUGACUUACUUUUUUCAUCUGCAAAAGACAGUUCACCAUGUGUAUGGUACUCAAUCAAUGGUGAACGACUUGGAACGUAUAAAGGCCACGGUGGAGCUGUGUGGUGCAUUGAUGUCGACUGGACUUCAAGUAAAGUCAUCACAGGCUCUGCCGAUAAUUCUAUGAGACUGUGGGAUACGGAAACUGGAACACAGCUUGGAAAGUUUGAUACGAGAUCCGCUGUUCGCACAUGUGCAUUUUCUUAUUGUGGAAAUAGAGUGAUGUUUUCUACUGAUAAACAGAUGGGCCAUGCUUGUGAAAUAUUAUUCUGUGAUAUCAGAGAUUCGGCACAGUUAGGUGGAAAUAACUCGUACUUGAGUAUACCAGUGGCUGGUGCUAAAGUUACGUCUGCCAUAUGGGGACCUUUAGAUUAUUUUAUUAUUGCGGGACAUGAGGACGGCAAAGUUUGCCAAUGGGACUCCAAGAACUCGAAGCUUCUCCUUAAUGUUCAAGGUCACACUAAAGCUGUUAAUGACAUCCAACCUUAUUACGACACCACUAUGUUUGUCACAGCUUCCAAGGAUUCAACUGCUAAGUUGUUUGAUUCAGAUAGCAUGGAACAUAUAAAAACCUAUAAAACUGAGCGACCAGUUAACUCAGCCUCGUUAUCUUCCUUAAAACAUCAUGUUGUUCUUGGUGGUGGGCAAGAAGCCAUGGAUGUAACAACAACCUCAACAAGAAUUGGUAAAUUUGAUGCAAGAUUCUUUCACAUGGUGUUUGAAGAGGAAAUCGGCAGAGUUAAAGGACAUUUUGGUCCUAUAAAUAGUGUGGCAUUUCAUCCUGAUGGCAAAAGCUACAGUAGUGGUGGUGAAGAUGGAUACGUAAGGGUACAUUACUUUGAUCCAUCAUACUUUGAAUAUGAAAUCGAACACUGAUGGCGUUCGAUUCUUAUAUAAUGAAUAAAAAAAAGUUUCAACUUGCUUUAA